GACACAUUGGACUCUGUCAAUUCUUUCACAAUUCCAGCAGCCAAUGUCCCAGAACUCUCAUCCAGCAGUAAUAUCAAUGUGAAUGGUCGCUGGUCUUUCCGUGUUGAUCGUUCACUAAACUGUAAGCCUAAGAGUUGACUGUUUGUCAGCAACAUAAUACUAACAUUUUUAACCAUUGCAUUUUAAGAACUUAUGUUCAUUUGGAAGAUGUAAACAAAUCAUUGAUGCUUCUAUUUUUACUAGUGCCGGCUAAUUUCCUGCCAUAUGGGGAUGGAGACUUAGUAAAUCCUGUUUCAGAUGAUGGAAGCUCUGUAGCCAUUUACCUGCAGCAGCCUUUCAAAUACUUUGGACGCACAUACAAUCAGAUCUAUGUGAACAACAAUGGUCACCUGACUUUUACUCAACCACUGUCUGCCUACGUUCCUUAUCUGAACGCUGGAAUAGACAUCAUUGCUCCUCUGUGGACUGACCUUAACAAUCGCAACGGUGGAACUAUCUCCUACAGAGAGGAUAGAAGUAGUGCUGUACUGGCACAAGUCACUCAAGCUGUUAACCAAUAUUUCCCUUCCAUUGGUUUUACCGCUACAUCAGCCUUUGUGGCUACCUGGGACAGUGUGCUAUACUUCUCUGGUGGAGGGGAGGUUACUUUCCAAGUUGUUUUAGUCUCCAAUGGUGACCGCUCUUUCAUCCUGAUCAACUAUGGUGACAUUGCACAAACAGGUCAAGUUUGGUUGGCUGGUUAUGACACGCUGGACUCUGUCAGUUCUUUCACAAUUCCAGCAGCCAGUGCCCCAGAACUCUCAUCCAGCAGUAAUAUCAAUGUGAAUGGUCGCUGGUCUUUCCAUGUUGAUGGUUCGCUAAACUGUAAGCCAGAGUUGCCUGUUUGUCGGCAACUGCCAGCUAAUUUCCUGCCAUAUGGGGAUGGAGACGUAGUAAAUCCCGUUUCAGAUGAUGGAAGUUCUGAUGCCAUUUACUUGCAGCAGCCUUUCAAAUACUUUGGACGCACGUACAAUCAAAUCUUUGUGAAUAACAACGGUCACCUGACUUUUACUCAACCACUGUCUGCCUACGUUCCUUAUCUGAACGCUGGAAUAGACAUCAUUGCUCCUCUGUGGACUGACCUUUACAAUGUCAACGGUGGAACUAUCUCCUACAGAGAGGAUACAAGUAGCGCUGUACUGGCACAAGUCACUCAAGCUGUUAACCAAUAUUUCCCUAAUGUGCCUUUUUCCGCUACAUCAGCUUUUGUGGCUACCUGGGACAGUGUGCCGUACAUCACUGGUGGAGGGGUGGUAACUUUCCAAGUGGUUUUAGUCUCCAAUGGUGACCGCUCUUUCAUCCUGAUCAACUAUGGUGAUAUUGCAGAAACAGCACAAUCUUGGCUGGCUGGUUAG